ACGCACCAAGAUCCACGUACAAAAUUUCAUCGACCACAAUUUUCGCUUACGAUUCCACUUCCACUUUACAUUCUUUCUUGCGAAAUGGGUAGAUUUAAGUUUCCGUCCAACACCAAAUUAUUUCCUAUAGAUCUAGAAACAGAAUCGUUGAAUUGGUACGAGACUGAUGGUUUAUGUCCAACAAUUUCACAAAUGCAUCCCGGUGGAUUUGAAUGCAAUGAUGGAAUAUGUAAACAUCAUAAAGGAUUUCCGAACCUUAUCGCAGAUAUUCGUGAACCAUAA